AGAUAUAAUUUAGAACUAAAAGAUUUUUCUACAUUAGAACAGUUUAUGAGUAAUUAUGAGAAGAAUACCUUUUCAAAUUAUUAUAUCUCCCGUUCUAAGCCUCAUCAUGAUCCAAUAUAUAAAUAUAAAACAAUAACAUACAAUUGCAAAAGAGGAGGCACUCAAGUUAAGAUACCAGAGACAACAAACUUAUAUUCCCAAUAUCAUUUUCAAAAUAUACCUAAAAAUUUAGUCCCUAUGUCAAGAACUAUUCCAGAUACAAUCAAAUUAUCUUCAUCUCAAAUUAUUUCAAAAAAUAUUUUAGGCACUCAAGUUAAGAUACCAGAGACUACAAACUUAUAUUCCCAAUAUCAUUUUCAAAAUAUACCUAAAAAUUUAGGCCCUCAGUCAAAAACUAUUCCAGCUACAUUCGAAUUCUAUUCAUCUCAAAAUAUUUCAAAAAAUAUCUUAGGCACUCAAAUUAAGCUACCAAAUACAACCAAAACUUUAGACUACACUGGAUAUUCUCUUCAAAAUAUUUUUAGGAAACCAUAAAUAAAACAAAUAGUUAUUAUAUAUUUAGAAUGUUUAUAUUAAAUUUAAAAAUUAGGAACCAAAUACAAUCGGAAAUGACUAAAAUACGCGUCCCCAGUCAAAACGACUAUUUUCUAUUAUUUUUAAUAGGAAAUCUUAUUAAGCUUUAUAAGAUAAGUUAGAAAAUGUUUUUUUUAAUUUAAAAAAAAUACGGUAAUUAUAUAAAAUUUACAAAAAUUUAUUUUUUUAAAAAAUAAACUACGCGUCUCCGGUCAAAAUACAGUUUUUUUUAAAAAAUCAAAACGGAUUUAUAUUUAGCGUAUUAAAAGAAUACAGAAUAUGUAAAUAUUAUAUUUUAAACUAUUUUAUAACUUAGUGAUUUUUUCAAAAAACACUUUUUUUUUCAAAAACACUACGCGUCCCCGGUCAAAAAACCGUUUUUUUAAAAAAAUAAAAGCAGAUUCAUGUUUAGCUUUUUAAGGAGAUUCAGAAAAUGGUAUUAAUAAAAAAAAAUACUACGCGUCCCCGGUCAAAAUACAGUUUUUUUUAAAAAAUCAAAACAGAUUCAAAUUUAGCUCAUUAAAAGAAUACAGAAUAUGUAAAUAUUAUAUUUUAAACUAUUUUAUAACUUAGUGAUUUUUUCAAAAAACACUUUUUUUUUCAAAAACACUACGCGUCCCCGGUCAAAAAACCGUUUUUUUUAAAAAAUAAAAGCAGAUUCAUGUUUAGCUUUUUAAGAAGAUUCAGAAAAUGGUAUUAAUAAAAAAAAAUUAAAAAAAAAAUUUUUUUUAAAUAUUUUUUUUGGCUAAACUACGCGUCC